GUCAAGGUUAUUAUGAAAACGCAUGGGUGAUUUCAAUGAUACAGGGUGGAAUAUAAGUUUUAUUACGAUUUGAUGUUUUUUUCUGUGCAGUUUUUAUUGAGAAUUAUCUUAAACUCUUAAAUAAAACAUAUGUUCUGCUAAACUGUAUAUUAAAUGUGUAUCAAAAUUGUAAUUACUUAAGGACACGUCACGGCUGAGAUAGUAUAGCAUUAUUACAAUACACAGUCGGUAUUGAAAUUGUGUUUCCAAUACAUGUGCUCAUUAGAUAAAUCCUCAAUAUCUAUGUGAAAAUAAGGGAUGUGUUUUGUAUUAUUGCAACACUGUGAGUUGCUCUAAUUACUGACAAAUGACUGAAACAAUAGGAAUUCGUACGAGACAUGGAUAGACAAAACGACAGUGAGAUCCUGACAAACUGGUAAUGUCAAAAGGAAUAUGCCACAAGGCCUUGUAUGCUAUGUAUCAACUCGUAUCGUGACUGAGUGUAAUGCCAGCCAGCAUGGCAAAUGACAGACUGUCCAACUGGCUUCGAAUCGGAUGCAUGGUUGCCAUGGUUACAAUUUACACACUGUUUUUCGUUAAUCUUCAGUUUAACCUUACUGGAUACAUACCAUUACCUAUUUCAAACACUUUUGAAACAUUAAAGGCAGCAUAUCGUGGAUCAUCAAACAUAUUGACAAGUGGGCACAAAAGAAAACCUAGAGUAACACGUACUCUGACUGAUAUAUAUGAGAGUGUCUAAACUGAUUAUAAAAAAGAUUUUGGUGUAAAAGGUAUAAAUCUUGCUGGUUCUACUCUCGAUAUAUUAUGGUAUAACCCGCCUGAAUGGCUAGAUGUUCGUUCGGAGGAGAAUAUACUUCGGUCAAAAUGUAUAUAUGAAAAUUGCAAGGUGGCAAAAAACAAAACAGACCUUCAAAAAUAUGCUGCAAUUAUAUUUUCUAUGACAGAACGCUUGAGUUACGUGCCCCCACUAUCACGAGAGGAAAGAAAUCCAGAACAAGUAUGGAUAUUCUUUUACUCAGAAUCACCUGUUCAUCAUUUUAGAAUUGCAUACCGGCAUGAUAACUGGAGAAAUACUAUGAACUGGUCUAUGUCUUACAAUAUGGAUGCUGACGUUUUUUGUCCACAUGGAGUCCUUGAGUCAAAGAAGGAAAUUAUAGAAAGUAAUUAUAGUACUAUAUUCAAUCGCAAGACAAAACUUGUGGCAUGGGCCGUGAGCCAUUGUGGGGCGCGAAGUAAAAGGGAUGAAUUUGUAUCUGAACUAUCAUCAUACGGCAUUCAAAUAUAUAUAUUUGGAAAAUGUGGUGACAAUUCUUUUUAUAGCAGUUCAGAACUAAAAACGAUCAUUAGCAGAUAUUACAAAUUUUAUUUAAGUUUUGAAAACAGUUUGUGCAAAGAUUAUAUUACUGAAAAGUUUUUUGCAUAUUAUGAUUUGGAUGUUGUUCUAAUCGUAAGAGGAGGUUUGGAUUACGACAGGUAUCUCCCAAUUGAGACUUUUAUAAACACGGCACAUUUUAAUUCAGCUGAAAAAUUGGCUAACUAUAUUCACAGUGUUGGUUCUUCCGAGGAAGCAUACGUAAGUUAUCUUCGCCAAAAGGAUAGAUACACUGCUAAGCAUAUAUACCAAAUCCCGCUUACUCCUUGCACUAUUUGUGAAAAGCUUAACAGACUCAAUGAAAGUAGGAAAACGUUCGAGGAUCAUGUGUCAUAUAUUCAUCAAAAAACGUGCUGGAAUCCUAUAGAUAUAACUCCAAAAUCACUAACAUGGUUAAAAUUCGCACCAAUUGUACUAUUAAUCUUCAGUAUAUGUUUGUUUCUAAUUGUUUGGAAGUGUAGCAACCUGACGCUUUUACAUAAACGUUUGUUGAAUGCCUGUUCAAAAGUAUGAUUAAGUACAUAUUUUCGCUACAGAAUUACAUUAUGCUUGUCAGUAUUUUCAGUGUUACUCUUGAUGCUUUUAGCCCUUACCUUGCUAAAUUUCUAUAAUGAACUUGUCCAUCUUCAAAUUUGGACAUCACCAUUAACUGUUAAAAGGGGUGCUUAUCAAAAAGGUACUGGCUGAAUAGCGAACAGUGCAGAUCACGGGUGUGCAGGCUGAUCAUGAUCUACCUGGUCGCAAAGGCAGAAUCAAUCGUGCCCAGCAUGGUAAGGGUUAAGAACAGUAAAAACCCUUCUGCUGAAAACGCAAACUGGGCUCUCCAAAUUGUUGCUGUUAUUCAUUUCGAUUAAUUUGUGCUAGCUGUAGUUGUAACAACUGUGACAACACUUUAUAUGCUGCCUUGUGUGUUGAUUGUGUUGUGAUUCUGAAGAGUUCCGUCCCCAUUAUUUCUAAGCUGUAACUUCAUUUCUUUUUCUGGAAGACUUGGACUUUACCCGUUGUAUUAUUACUUCUAAUAUGCUACAUACUGGUAUUGUUAACGUAUUUCAUUAUUGCAUUUUGUAGAAAUAAAACAAGUGGAAUUAAAUUGCGUUCAAAGUCAA